AUUUUGAAGUUUGAUAUUUUUAUUUCAAAAUUUUGAUUGGUUCACACAUACACGUUAUGUAUAGUUUUAAUUGGUUAUUUUAUUUAAUUUUAAAGAACUUUAAAAUCCUAAUAACAUAACCAACACAUGAAUAAUUAGUACUGUUCGUAGUACUGAGAAGGAAAUGCAUGAUAGAAAUUUGGUGAAUUAAAAAGUAUAUUUACGUCAAAUUUAUGAUAUAUAUAAACUAAGAUAUGGGUUGAAUUAUGAAUCGCACAAAAUAUAAACGAUGUAUUUAGUUCAAAUCUUUUAAGGAGAAUGAUUUGAAAGACAUAAAUAUGAUUGAUUGUAUAUUCUAAAUUAUAGUUAAAAAGAAUUAUUACAUAAAAUAUAUAUAUUACAUAAAUAUAUUAAUAUGAGUAACAUUGCUUCACAAAAUGUCUCAUUAAGAUCGUUAUUAACACUUAAUAAUAAUGAUUUUAAAGAGUUUGUUUGUGGUUGGGGAGCUGCAGUAAUUAAUGUAUCUAUUACUUUUCCUAUUAAUAAAAUUAUAUUUAGACAGAUUUUAGAAGAUGUUCCAGUCAAUACUGCGUUUCAACAAAUAUCUAGAGAGGGAAUAAGAUUAAUAUAUCGUGGAAUUUUACCACCUCUUUGCCAAAAAACUCUUUCGGUUAGUGUAAUGUUUAGUAUGUAUGAAGGUUGCAAGGAACGUUUGUGUACAUUAACAAAUAAUGAUGUAUUAACUAGAAUAUUAGCAGCGCAUUUUGCUGGUACUGUUGAGGCUAUACUUAUGCCCCUUGAAAGGGUACAAACAUUGUUACAAGAUUGGCGGUAUCAUGAUAAAUUUAAAAAUACUUCUCAUGCAUUUAAAUAUUUAUUAAAAAACCAUGGUAUAUCAGAAUGUUAUCGUGGAUUAGUCCCAAUUAUAUAUAGAAAUAGUUGUUCUAAUCUUAUGUUCUUUAUUUUGAAAGAACAAUCAAAAAAAUUGAUAGGUGAACAAGAAUCAUUAUCUACAAGUUUUAUUAAUGGUGCUCUAAUAGGUGGUUUCACAAGUACUGUAUUUUAUCCUAUGAAUGUAAUAAAAAUACAUAUGCAAUCAAAAAUAGGAGGCAACUUUGAAAAGUUUAUGACUGUUACUCGAGAAAUAUACAUUGCAAGAAAUAGAAAUGUAAUGUCAUUUUACAAAGGUGUACAUUUAAAUUGUAUAAGAUCAUUUAUAAGUUGGGGAGUUAUAAAUGCAUCUUAUGAUUUUCUAAAAACAAUCAUGUUUUCGUAAUAAUUUAUUUCAAAAACUGUUAUUUAAAUUUAUUUAAUAAAAAAUAUUUCUAUUGUACAAUAUGUAUACAUAUAAUAUUUUUUAAUUUAUUCAAGCUAUUAAUCGCACAUUUUUCUUGCAAUGAAAUAGCAAAGUGCAAAACAUAACAAAUGUGAAAAUAAUGAUAAAAAUAUUAUGGAUAAAAAUUAUUUUUUUAUUUAAAAACAAAUCAAUGUAAGUUAUAAUUAAUAAACUUAGUUAUUUAAAGUGAUUUAUAUACAGAAAGUAUGAAA